CUUGAACAACCAUUGUGAACUAUCGUUCGAACAGGUAACAUGUCACAAGUUAGGAAAAUUUGGAAUACACCACUUUCUCUCUACUCCAUUCCGCUGCUUUACUUCGUAGGAAUCUGGUCUGCAAAGAGAAGGACGGGACUUUUUGAUAGAGCAAUAGGAUUCGACAAACAGUAUCGCCCAGCAAAUAUCAAUAGCUUAUAUGAAAAUCCCGAUGUGAGCCCAGCACCUACGGAGGAAUCAGAGCGAAGGGAGGCAACAUACAAGAACUCGCUCGAGAUUCUUCCUUUAUGGAUCGGUGCAGUCCUCGCAGCUAACUUAGCCGGCUUGGACGACGUGUUCUUGAAUGCCGCAUCCGCAUCCUUCAUUGCUCUUAGAGUGCUAUACAAUUACAUCUGCAUGAAUCGGCGAAAUGGAAAGCAAGCAAGCCUAAGGUCUGCAACAUGGCUUGCAAGCACAGUGAUCCCUGUGGUCCUGUUCAUCCGAGCAGCGAACAAGUUGAAGGCAUUACAACCGAAGGCUUGAUUUUUGAAGGCUUGAUUUUGGACUCGCUACUCUGAACGCAUUCUUGUGUAACGUAUUAUAGGUAGGAUCUAGGUGAUAAUAUGUAGUAUGGUUUAUUCAGCUAGU